GAGAGUAGGCGGCGCAUGCGCAUGCGCCGCGUGGAAAGCUCCAGAAAGAUGGCGGGUUACAUGAAGCUGUUCGGAGCCACGGGACUUCUCCACAGACGUUCAGUCCACGCGGUGAGAGCUAACCCGCCCGGGCUGUUCCGCUUCGGCCUCGGCCGGACCGACACGCCGGGCCGAGGCGGGUUUCGCUCGGUUGGGCUCCACACCGGCAGCGGGACCCCGCAGACGUCCAACAUGGCAGCCGGCGGCAGGCGCAGCUGGCUGCGGGUCAGCAGCGUCCACUCCGGGUUACUCACCUCCACCUGCCGCCCCUUCGCCGGCCAGGACAGGGACUUCGGGAACCGGGCCAGCGGCGCCAACUUCUCCGGGGAGGACGACGACGGGCAAGGCGGCGGUUCUGGGGGAGAGGAGUCCGGCGGCGGCGACGAGGGAGCCGCCGCGUACGCCGCACCGCAGAUGACGGCUCUCACCCCCAUGAUGGUGCCGGAGGUCUUCCCCAAUGUGCCGCUGGUCGCCGUCAGCAGGAACCCGGUGUUCCCUCGCUUCAUCAAGAUCAUAGAGGUGAAGAACAAGGAGCUGAUGGAGCUGCUGAGGAGGAAGGUGCGCCUGGCACAGCCCUACGCCGGCGUCUUCCUCAAGAGAGACGACACCAACGAGUCCGACGUGGUGGAGUCCCUGGACGCCGUCUACGCCACGGGGACCUUCGUCCAGAUCCACGAGAUGCAGGACCUGGGAGACAAGCUGCGGAUGAUCGUCAUGGGACACCGCAGGGUCCGGAUCACCAGGCGUCUGGAGGUGGAGCCGGAGGAAGCGGCCGCGCCGUCCGAGUCGGAGUCGGAGUCCGGGCAGCAAGCCAAACCUGCGGCGAGACGCAAAGCCAAACGCAGCCGGCGUGACCAGGCGGGGCCGCUUAGUGAGCAGAUGGAGGACAAAAUCGUGGAAGCGGAGCUGAUGCCAGAACUUGAGCCUCUUUCCUCUGCCAACAUCUUGAUGGUGGAAGUGGACAACGUCCAUCACGAGCAAUUCACCGUCACAGAGGAAGUCAAGGCCCUGACAGCCGAGAUCGUCAAGACCAUCCGGGACAUCAUCGCUCUCAACCCUCUGUACAGGGAGUCUGUGCUUCAGAUGAUGCAGGCGGGCCAGCGUGUGGUGGACAACCCCAUCUACCUGAGCGACAUGGGGGCGGCUCUGACGGGGGCGGAGUCACACGAGCUGCAGGACGUCCUGGAGGAGACCAAUAUCCCCAAGCGUCUCUACAAGGCUCUGUCGCUGCUCAAGAAGGAGUUUGAGCUCAGCAAGCUGCAGCAGCGUCUGGGCCGAGAGGUGGAGGAGAAGAUCAAGCAGACGCACAGGAAGUACCUCCUGCAGGAGCAGCUCAAGAUCAUCAAGAAGGAGUUGGGUCUGGAGAAGGAGGACAAGGAGGCCAUCGAGGAGAAGUUCCGAGAGAGACUGAAAGACAGGACGGUCCCUCAGCACAUCAUGGACGUCAUUAACGAGGAACUCAACAAGCUCUCCCUGCUGGACAACCACUCCUCUGAGUUCAACGUCACUCGCAACUACCUGGACUGGCUGACCAGCAUGCCGUGGGGCACCAACAGUGAGGAGAACUUAGCGCUGGAUAGAGCCAAGGAGGUUCUGGAAGAAGAUCAUUAUGGGAUGGAUGACAUUAAGAAGCGCAUACUGGUUAGCGCACACACACACACACACACACACACACACACACACACACACACACACACAUUCUUGUAUUUGUUACCUUCUUGAGACCUGAGAAAAAUG